AUGGGGGUCAUAAGAAAAGCCUCUUUGGCCAGAGAAUGGGCAAUUUGGAACCAAUUGAUGAUCCACAAGAAACAAAGAUUGGGGCAAGAACCAAUUGACGACAGAAUGUUUAUAGUCCCAGAAAAAGAAGGGGACUGCCAAGCUCCAGACAGGCCCGAAGACAAAGCCUCUUUUAGUGUGCUGCAAAAGACCCUGUGGGCCGUCCAGACGUCGACGUUGAUUUUACUUCUGUAUCUUUGGGGGCCUCACUUCCUACCUACCUUCCACAGUGAAGUUCAGGAAGCCGUUUCUGAGGUGAUUGAAGUUGGAUUUCCCAAGCCAGAUUUCGGGGAUCCGGUCUUUGAGCAAAAUAUUUUAAAUCACACCUUUGGCAACAGCUGGGGACAUCCGAUUGAAGCUCAUUACACAGUGCCAAACGUCUCAUUUAAUAGGGUAGUUGUCUCAUUGGAUACUUGGGUUGAUGGAGUGCAGUACGACCGCUUGGCUCAUUUGUACGUUAGAGGUGUGGAGGUUUGGAGAACAAGCACGAUCGAGCCUCACGGAAAGCUGUCUCAUGCGCAUGCGGAAAAGGAUGUCUCCACAUAUGCGAAACUCUUUGAAGAGGAUGCCAUGAUUGUCUUCCAGCUUGACAACCUCCUGACUCCAAGGUUGACUGGAGCUUUCAAUAUUAGCUUGAAUGUGAAGUACUACGACACUGGCGACCGACUGCGCCCUCCAGCCGAUAAAAUAUAUCCCUUGGUUAAAAAGAAGAUUGAUAGCAGGCCACCUUUAUUGACGUUACCUGAUAACACGUUCGACGCAGUGAUUCCGCAGCUGAGUUACAACACCACCAAGGUUGUGCUUGAUCUUUUUGUGUCUGGAAAUGCCGACGAAGAAUUUUGGUACUCCAAUGUGCUUGAAGAAUACAGGAACGUUUUCCACAAGUCAUAUCCUGGCCAUGGCCCUUGUCGUGUUGUCAAUGUCUUUGUGGAUGGCAUUCGCGUGUUGACUGCCGAUCCGUUCGUGGUUGUGUAUACUGGAGGAAUUUCACCCGCUUUGUGGCACCCGAUCGUUUCUACUGGAGCAUUCGACGUUCGUGCGCUCAGACUGGACAUAACACCGUUGCUACCAAUACUCUGGAACCAAUCGACGCAGGUCGCUAUAGACGUCUCAAAUUGUGUGGAUGACGAUUUGAAAUUCGGUGAAACUCCCAACGGCAUUGGUUCCAACUGGAUUGCUUCUGGUAGCGUUGCAACGUGGGAAGAUUCGACGAUCCUUGCUUCCAGGGGAAAAAUUCUUUCGUUCGAAAACAAGACGUCAGUCUCCGCAUUCGCCUUUAGUCCUCCUGCAGCAGGACUCUACAGUCAGAUUGUUGAUGCCAAAUACACAAACAAAGUCAACUCGAGUAUCAUCUACACUUACAAAAAUGGAACCGAGAAGGAUUUGAUUCUCGAGGUCUCCUCGAAGACGAAGCAAUCGAACGUGCAACUAUUGGCCGGUUUUGGUGAAGAUGAGUCGCUGGUGUUUAUACCAGAGACUGACAUCACCAGCAGCGUGAAAGAUGCGGCCACUAAUGCCACUAUUUGGUCGUUGGAGAAAAAGGUGACUCAGCCUUUGAUCUACAAGCUCAAGGCUAAGCCAACCUUUGGACAGGAUGUGGACUUCUCAGUGAACAUUACCAAAGCAUUUGGUGAGAAGGUUGCACUCAAUGGCAUCACCGUGAUAAAGGGUGUUAGCCACGAAAAUGGCACUUCCAACUAUACGCUAUCUCCCAAAGGAAACCAUGGCGAGGGAGUUAUCGAGCACAAGGUGAAUUUCACGAUGUCAGAGCCUCUUCCGGAAUUCAACUACUCGAGACAAGCACUGGCAGACCACGGCGAGAUAGUCUACGACACCAUUGAUGCAGAGGAUCUUAUCUGGGAAGACGUGAUGCACCUUUUCGAGAAAGAGGGCCUUGAUCUUGCCCAGUAUGCAGCCCAAGAAAUUUCCAAGGAUCGUGAUACCGAAAAGGAGUUUUUCGGACCGCCAAUGCGGCUGGUCAACAAUUACCUCGCUGACUUUUAA